AUGAAAUCGUCUUGCCCUUUUUGCAGCAAGAAGUACAGCUCCUCAGCCAACUUUGACAGACAUCUUCGAACGAUCCAUCCUCUGGAAGCAGAUGAAUGGUUGGGAAACCAAUAUUCGCUCCUGGAGCACGAUCAACCUGCGGAGACUCCCGACGACACUGAUGAAAGCCCAGAGAGCAUCCCCGACUGCUAUUCAGACACGCAUUACGCUUCGGAGUCGGAUAGUUUUGACCAAGAUUCCGGUAACAAUUCGGACCUAGAAUCUGGAUCAUAUUUCGUGAUGGAAGAGGCAGACGGCGAUUUAAAUGGACAUAAGGCAUCUACAACAGUUUAUGAGGGUGCUGGGGAACCACUUUACCGCUCGGAGGACUACGACGAAUGCUCACAGAGCCUUCUCCGAUACCCAUGGCACCCAUUCAGGUCAGCAUACGAGUUCAGAAUGGCAAGGUAUUUCGUACUGUCCAAAGCCUCCCAGGGAAACAUCGACAGCUUCUUUCUACACGCUCCGCCAAGCAGUGACGAGUGCUCCUACAGCACUGGGCGAGGUUUUAUCAAGAGGCUGGAGGAAAUGAACGACAUAUUGGGAAAGUCGAGCUGGAAUCAUUCGGAGGUGAAUAUUGGGGGGGAGAAGAUCUCUUACUACUACCGGGAUCCAAUGGUAGUCGUCCGAUAUCUUUUGGGGCAACGUGCCUUCCGGGAGUCAUUGGUGUACUCGCCGGUGGUGGAGCAUAAUGAAUUCGGCGAGCGAAUCGGGGACAAGAAAGCCUGGCCAAUCUAUCUUACCAUCGGGAACAUCAACUCGUCGGUGCGCAACAAGCCCAUAGGGCAUUCAUUCAUUCUCCUAGGGCUUCUACCUGUGGCACCGAAGCUCGGGAAGAAUACAACACUCGCUAACUCCGUUUUACGACGUCAGAGUCAAAUGGCGCUGCACCGCGCUCUUGGGGAGAUCUUUCAAAGCAUUCGCGAGUGCUCUCAGAAGGGCGAGUUAAUCAAAUGCGCCGAUGGCUACGAACGACUAUGCUUUCCGGUGCUCUCGGGCUGGAUCGCUGACCAACCCGAGCAUUCAAACUUGCAAAACAUUAGCACUAGUGCUUGCCCAAGAUGCGAGGUGGAAUUCCACAGUCUUGGGAGCACUCGCCGGAGCCCUACGCGCGAUCACGAGGAUUACCGGGAGAGGGUAAAGCUAUUCAGGGAGAAACCGGGAAACCUGGGACCGGUGGAAUACCUUGUCGCGAGAUCAGUAAAGACACUCUUCAAUGCUUUCUGGGGUAUGCCGAGGGUUAAUCUGUACGAUCUCAAUAAACCGGACAUAUUGCACAAUAUCUACCUGGGGAUGUUGAAGCACAUGAUGGAGUGGAUUCAGGGCUUCUUGAAGAAGCAUCACCGAUUGAAGGAGUUCGACAGCGCUUGGGCUUCGAUUGCGCCUUACCCUGGGCUGGCAGUACCAAACAAAGCAUAUCGUUCUACCACCCAAUGA